AAUGCGUAAUCAAAUGUGUGCACAUGUUAAUCCUGCAGGGGGCGGGUAUUGGGUAAACGCAACGGUAUUAAGACAGGCGUAUUCGAGCUAUGUCUUUUGAAUGAAGCGUAAAUUAGUGUAGCUUGUAUCCUACGCAUGCGCAGUGCUGAGCCGUGGAAUCUCGUCAACGGCCAUAGGAGCGACUACACACAUGCGCGGUAAUAGCACGUUCUUCCGGUCUCCGUCUCCUGAGCUGUGGCCUCAGUUCCUGUUUCCGCCCAAAUCACACGGCGCAUCACCACUAUAAACAUUGUAAGUAAGGCUUGGAUGUGUGCUUCCUGAUUUGUAGUACAUACGAAUGCUAGACAUGAGGAAAAGUUAAGAGCCUACUGAAAUUGACAAUCUUCUCUCCACAUUGGGAAAAUCCAGAACGUCGACCUCAGGGCCUUUUGAAAUGCUGUGAUUGCUGUCUUCCAUCUCCACUGUUGACUACUUAUAUAUUGGUGGGGUAGCAGUGAGUAGCAAGAAUGCAUAAGAGCACUGCACUGUGAGGAGAGAGAGACAUGCGGACGUGGACAGGCUCAUGGCGCUGGAUCAUGCUAGUGCUGUUGGCAUGGGGCACCUUGCUGUUCUACAUUGGCGGGCAUCUGGUGCGCGACAGUGAACAGCCUGAGCAUCCUAGCCGUGAGCUCUCCAAAAUCCUAGCUAAGCUCGAGAGACUCAAACUUCAGAACGAGGAGCUGCGACGCAUGGCUGAGACUCUCAGGUUGCCAGAGGGUCAAGCUGAUGCAGAUACUGGUGCUGCAGGGAAGCUCCACAGCCUGGAAGAGCAAUUACUGAGAGCCAAAGAACAGAUCAACUCUUACCGGAGCCUACCUGUUGAUGGCCCAGGGAGAAAACACGAGGAGUUACGGAGAAUGAUUGAGAAUGGGGUACGAGAAUUGUGGUACUUUGUGCGCAGUGAGGUGAAGAAACUGGGCCACGUAGACACAGGAGAGCUGCAGAAACACAUCAACAUGCUGCUGCAAGACUUGGGCCACCAUCAGAGGUCCAUCAUGACAGACUUGUACCAUCUGAGCCAGGCAGAUGGAGCUGGAGACUGGAGAGAGAAGGAGGCCAAAGACCUCUCGGAUCUAGUGCAAAACAGGAUAACAUACCUACAGAACCCACCAGACUGUGCAAAGGCACACAAGCUGGUGUGCAACAUCAAUAAGGGCUGUGGUUAUGGCUGCCAGCUGCAUCACGUGGUCUACUGUUUCAUGAUCGCCUACGGCACGCAACGGACACUCAUCUUGGAGUCACAAAACUGGCGCUAUGCCACUGGGGGCUGGGAAACCGUCUUUAAACCCGUCAGUGAAACAUGCACUGACCGCACUGGAGCCUCUACUGGACACUGGUCUGGUGAAAAUAAUGAUCAGGCCGUGCAAGUGGUUGAGUUGCCUAUUGUCGAUAGCCUCCAUCCACGACCUCCUUACCUGCCGCUGGCUAUCCCAGAGGAUCUGUCUGAACGUCUGCAACGGCUGCAUGGAGACCCAUCUGUCUGGUGGGUUUCUCAGUUCGUCAAAUACUUGAUCCGACCUCAGGCUUGGCUUGAGAAAGAGAUUCGUGAAGCGACCAUCAAGCUGGGCUUCAAACACCCAAUCAUAGGAGUGCAUGUGCGCAGGACAGAUAAGGUGGGCACAGAAGCUGCAUUCCACCCCAUAGAGGAAUACAUGCUGCAUGUAGAGGACCACUUCCAGAGCCUGGCACGCCGCAUGCACAUUGACAAGAAACGUGUUUACCUGGCCACUGAUGACCCUUCACUACUGCAAGAGGCUAAGUCUAAGUACCCAGAUUAUGAGUUCAUCAGCGAUAAUUCCAUCUCCUGGUCAGCUGGCCUGCACAACCGCUAUACUGAGAACUCAUUAAGAGGAGUCAUCCUUGACAUCCACUUCCUGUCCCAGACCAACUUCUUGGUCUGCACUUUCUCCUCCCAGGUGUGUCGUGUGGCCUAUGAGAUCAUGCAGACGCUGCACCCGGAUGCCUCAUCCUACUUCUACUCACUGGAUGAUAUCUACUACUUUGGGGGACAGAAUGCACACAAUCAAGUGGCUAUUUAUGCACAUGAGCCCCACAGCCAAGGAGAGAUUGUGUUGGAGCCCGGAGAUGUGAUUGGAGUGGCUGGCAACCACUGGGAUGGCUACUCCAAGGGCAUCAACCGCAAAAGUGGUCGCACUGGCCUCUACCCCUCUUACAAGGUGAAGGAGAAAAUUGAGACAGUGAAGUAUCCCACUUACCACGAAGCCGACAAGCUGCUUAAGAAACAGUAGAGGGAUCAAGAGAUGCUGGGAAAUAUAUUUCAUACUUUAGAGUAUAAUGAAGAAAGCCUGGAACUCCUGGAUGGAGAUGCACUUUGUGUGUGUGUGUGUGUGUGUGUGUGUGUGUGUGUGUGUGUGUGUGUGUGAGAGAGAGAGAGAGAGAGAGAGAGAGUGAAUGAAUGAGUGAGAAGGUGAGUGAGUGAGUGCAUGCGUGUCUGACCAUGGACCAUAAGGGGGCCAUUAGAAUUGUAAGAAAAAACAAAAACAUAAAAACACAAUGUAUAAACUGGACAAACAGGAUUAGCAAACAUGCCACUGCAGGUAUUUUCCCUAAACCUGCAACUAAAAUGAAGGCAACCACAUUUGUUGAUUUCAGAUGAGAUGUUAAAAAAAGAAAAAAGCAACACUGCAGGCAGCUUAAAACAAGGAAUGCUAAAUUUGAACUCCCAACUUGAGCUUGUGCACUGUUUUCCUGUGAUGUUUUUUUUCUCCCGUAUGAACACUCACUGCGUCUUUACAUAAGUCAUACACCACUCCUCCUCUAUUCCUAUUAUCUGAACAUAUAUAAUACAUAUAUAAUAUGCCACUGCACACUCCAAACAUGAGCUUUUACUUUUCUUUGUUGUCCAGUGCUUUUAGAAACAUAAUUUUUAAAAUAUUUCAAAUAUUUCACGGAAGUCAUAUGACAUUAUUUGUCAGUGUAUCUGUGUGUUUGCUCAUGUGGAACACAGAUCCAAAUAAUGUGCCUAAGAAUAAUAGCUGAUGGAUCACAAAAUACUACAUAAAAUUGAUGCAAACUCCAGCGCCUUAUGGAGCAUUACACUCCUGACCUUCCACUCCUUGCUGUUCAUUAUGUUUUCAAAAGAUUCUUUAAUGUUAAAUGUAAUGUUCAAAAACUAAAAACACAGGAAAUGAAACUUAAAAUUCAAGAGUUAGUAAAAUUUAAUAAUGACAAUGCUAAGAAAGAAUAUGAGUAAGUAUGAUAAUGGAAUAUCAUUGUGGUAGAAUUUUAGUGUGAUUUAAUAUUUUAUGUUUGUGUGAACAUUGUCUUUUCUAAACCGAUCAAAUAAACUUGAUCAGCCAUUGUGUA